UUAGGUGCUUUAUAAAAUACGUCUCCCAAACUGCUGCACAUAUCAUCGCAUCGGGGGUGCGGGAAGCACAGGAUUUCCUGGUUCUGUUGCUUAACUGGACACAUCCAAGUUUUAGAUUCGCAGAGGUACCUAGCUCAUUUUAACAUCCAUCGAUUUAAUGUCUUAAUCAAAACCUUCUGAUCUAUACGUGCCCUAGACUACACCUUGCCGUAGUCAGUCUGAAGUAAGUCAUCAAAGAUGUCCGAAGCCACAGUGGCCGAUACUCGUCGGUUAAACUCUAAACCGCAGGACCUGACGGACGCCUACGGCCCUCCCAGCAACUUUCUGGAAAUCGACGUGUACGACCCCCAGACUAUAGGAGUCGGCCGCAAUCGCUUCACCACUUACGAAGUCCGGAUGAAGACAAAUCUUCCCAUUUUUAAACUGAAGGAGUCGUGUGUUAGACGAAGAUACAGCGACUUCGAGUGGCUGAAGAAUGAGUUGGAAAGAGACAGCAAGAUUGUUGUGCCUCCAUUGCCUGGAAAGGCAUUGAAGAGACAGCUUCCCUUCCGUGGAGAUGAGGGCAUUUUUGAGGAGUCCUUCAUUGAGGAGAGACGAGCUGGGCUUGAACAGUUCAUCAACAGAAUUGCAGGUCAUCCUUUGGCCCAGAACGAACGCUGUCUUCACAUGUUCCUGCAGGAAGAAAGUAUUGACCGGAACUACAUUCCUGGAAAAGUGUGAAUGAAGCCUGUGAUCCAAAGGUUUUGGUAAACCCCCCUCCCCGUCCUGGACCCAUCUGCUCUACCAGCUCUUUUCUGCACAUCAGUCAAAGCCUUUCACUGCUGCUGUCCAUGAUAUUCUGUAUAUCUUUCUAUUCUCUAAUAGAACUACAACACCUGUUUCACCCUGAGGAUGAACUCAUCUUAAUGCUGUAUUUAUACCUCAUGCAUUCUUUUUGUGGAAAGACACAUUCUUUUUUGCUGAUCUUUUAGCAAAUAUUCCUUUCUCGAAAAACAGUGCUUUCUGUGUUUAUUCUGGUUAAAACUCCGGGCUUAAAUCCUUUCAGGCAACCCACAGAUUUUUCUCCAAAAAUGUAUAUGUAUAUUAUAAAGAGAAUUUGAUCAGGCCACAUGACAUUUUUGAUCAGGCCACAUGACAUUCCUCAGUGUAUUUUUGAUUUAAAGUUUAAGUCUUAGAUUUAAAGUAACAUGCAUCCCCUAGUGAAAAAUAAAUAUAAUUAAAUGUAUUUGAAAUACAUUUAUUUCAUGCCAAGUAUUCUACAAACACAUUUACAUAUUUAUAAACGUAAUAAUACCCUGCAGUUGCACCUUUAGUAUAAUAAAGUCUGCUAAAUUGGAACAACUAAUUUUGUACUAACGCACUUUAACUGUGUGGAAGUAGUCCUGAAGUCUAACUGAAGAUAUACUUAAGUAGGCCUAUAUUUGAUUGUGCUCAAGUAGAACUAUUGCAAGUAUACUUUAGGUACACUAUAUCGCGGAUUUAAAGAACGAUAUUAUUCAAAUAUCAUACAAUCCGCAUCAAUAGUGACAAUAAAACACAUUUUCGGCUUAAUAUUAUGAAAUGUGUGUUGUGCACAAGUACUACUCCAA